UCUCUCUCUCUCUCUCUCUCUCUAUCUCUCUCUCUCAAUAUCCUCGAACGUAGAGCAUACAGAUCUGAACAGACGUCACUUGCCAUUUUGCCAAACGAUUUUUCUUAUCUAACACUUUUUUGUGAUUAUAUUCAUCACUCCACAUUUUUGCACACAGUCUUUUCUGUGUCUGAGCUAGCAACAUAUAAACUUUUUUUUUUUCAUGCUUUUCUUUUGUUGUUUAGCAUAUUGCUAUUUUUUGGCUCUUACCCUCCUUUAACACAUUUACUCACAGCAAAAUUAGCUUGGCAUUUCUUUUUCUCGACUCCCGUUUUCUCUCUUAGUCUAAUGACAUUUAUUUCUCCCGGUAGCGAGAAUUAGGAUAUGCGCUAUUGACUAAAACAAGGAGAGGACCUGUUCUACUAUUUUUUUUUUUGUUUUUGUUUGUUUGUUUGUUUAUGCUGAAGUUAAUGAUGAAAGUGCAAAAUGGAUGAGUUCCACCCGUUCAUCGAGGCGCUCUUGCCACACGUGCGUGCCUUCUCCUACACCUGGUUUAACCUGCAGGCACGCAAGCGCAAGUACUUCAAGAAGCACGAGAAGCGCAUGUCCAAGGACGAGGAGCGCGCCGUGAAGGAUGAGCUGCUUGGAGAAAAGCCUGAGAUCAAGCAGAAGUGGGCGUCGCGGCUCCUCGCCAAGCUGCGCAAGGACAUCCGGCCUGAGUUCCGCGAAGACUUCGUGCUCAGCGUGACGGGCAAGAAGCCUCCGUGUUGCGUGCUCUCCAACCCGGACCAGAAAGGCAAGAUGAGACGCAUUGACUGCCUGAGGCAGGCCGACAAGGUGUGGAGGCUCGACCUGGUCAUGGUGAUCCUGUUUAAAGGCAGCCCGCUGGAGAGCACGGAUGGAGAGAGGCUCGUCAAAUCUCCACAGUGCUCCAACCACACCCUGUGUGUGCAGCCACACCACAUCGGCGUCUCAGUCAAAGAGCUCGACCUCUACCUGGCCUACUUCGUCCACUUGCCAGAAUCGGGACAAUCAGACAGUUCGAGCCAGCAGGCAGACUCAGACAUCAAACCCCCACCAAAUGGGCAUUUGAACUUCCAGGACUGCUUCGUCACAUCAGGGGUUUGGAACGCAGCCGAGCUCGUACGAGUUUCACAGACUCCUGUUGCCUCAGCCUCGGGUCCUAACUUUUCAUUGGCCGACCUGGAAAACCCCAGUUACUACAACAUCAACCAAGUAGCACUGGGCCGACGCUCACUGACAUCACCACCGUCUACUAGGGCUGAGGUGGAGUUGUACGCGAGUCUUCCUCGGAGCUCCACUAAGCGUAAGUCUAUAGAUGACAGUGAGAUGGACAGCCCAGUAGACGAUGUGUUCUAUCCCACGCGCUCCCCUGCUGGAACCAGCUCACAGUCCAGUGGUUGGCCCAGUGAUGUGGAUGCAGUGCAGCACCACUUGGCCAGCGUUCAGGAGAGGAAGAUAAAACAUGAAAACGAUGGCGUGCAGUUCCCUUACCAUGGGCUGUCCUCUCCCGGGUCUCUAAAGAAGCCGUCGGGGAAAUUCGAUUUCGGCGCCCUGUCGGCUCAGACGAGGUCACCCCGCAUGGCCUUCACACACCACCCACUGCCCAUGCUGGCGGGAGUGAGACCAGGAAGUCCCAGAGCCUCAGCCUCCGCUCUCCAUUUCCCGUCUCCCUCCAUCAUCCAGCAGUCCAGCCCGUACUUCACCCACCCCACCAUCCGCUACCACCAUCACCAGGACCCGCUAAAGGAGUUUGUCCAGUUUGUCUGCUCCGACGGUACGGCCCAGCCCGCAUACUCCUCGCCAAGCUCCACAGCUCCCAACAGGUUUGUCGGCAUCGGAGCACGGGACAACUUUCUAAACAUCCCACAGCAGACACAGUCUUGGUUUCUUUGACAAGAUCCAUCUGAAACACACAGAUACAAAGUCUGUAGCUGAAACGUGAAACACAAAGCUAGGUACGGACCGCUAUGAGCUAAUCACUCACAAUCCCCCUCUCCGUCCCGGAUCCACUCUGAUAGACCUGCGAGCAUUCUGAAACCUUCACCAUCAGCCCUCCAACCAGGAAUCUGGAAAUCUUCCACAGGACAAAAACUGCAUGAUUCUGCAAAUCUAAAACUGGAAAAAGAGAAGAAAAAAAAAACAACAAGUAAAACGGCAACACGGAAAAAGCGGGAGUUAUAAAUUCCAUCCUGGAUGAAGAAGAGAUUUGAUUAUUUCGUUAGAAGAAGACUUUUUGUUGGUUUGUAAUCAAGAUGACCAGAGUAUUGACCAAUCUUUUCAUCCUUUUCCUUUUAUUCAGUUGUUUUACAUCAUCCACCGAUCGUACCGCGGGGCCAAAGCGUUCUGCUCUCACUCCAUCACCGCUUGUUAAACAGUUUCCACAACUUAUGAUGUUGCACUUCCAGUGAAAAUGAAGCGAAGCGUGAAACCUCGGGGUCAUGGGGUCAUCCAUGUCAAGCCGCACUUCAUUAUCAAACCUGUCUUAAGCAUCCGAUUGGACAAGAACUUACAAAAGACUCCCCAGCACCCUGCACUCUUGGGUGUGUCCCAAACGUUGGAACAGCACUUAAAAAUGGUCUGAAACUUUCGCUCACGUGAAAUCCUAAUACAUCAUAGAAAUCGUAGUAUAUUUAACCGAUUUUACAUGAUAUCGUGUGUGUGUGUGUGUGUGUGUGUGUGUGUUAUCUCCAUAGCGUGGCAUUUCAACACUGAAAAAAGAAAAAAAAAAACCGAAAACCUGUUCACUAAUGUUCAUAAACAGAACGCAGCCCCGUCCCACCCACCAGCCUGCUCUCACCGAUCGUACGACAGCUACCAAGCGAGGAGGACGAACUCUAGCACACGUUUUCUCUAGAAACACGUGAAGCCAGGAGCCGCGGCAUCUUUGCUACGUGAAAUUUAACACACUCUGGUCAGACCACACACGAGUUAAACCGAACCGGUUGAGGGAGGAAAAAAGCGAACAUAAGAACACACAGACAUAAGAACAGGGGGAAAAAAAGCUGACCACUAAUGAGCAUCAGCACGAGCGAGAGAACAGGAUACAAAGUACCAAAAUAUGAUGUUCUCUUUUCUGGUGACGUUUCUAUUUGUACACCACCGCAAAAUACGUCCUUUCAGCUGUUUCUGACGGCUGUGACAUGUUUGGGACACACCCGGUGUUAGCACGCACGACAAAGGUUUUAGCUUGCCUGUUUGUCCGCUAAACAUAUCAGCACAAUAUGGUGAAGGCAUGAAGGAGUGCUGGGGAGGUUGUAGCCCACGACACACACCAAACCUCCACACCAUUCACACCAUCAGCUAGUGACACUAACACACAGGGGUUUUGUUAGCAAUAAACCGAAGACAGUGACGCAUUAGCAGAAAUUACACAGUGUUGUAAAGCCUUUAGAAAUGCAUAACUUCAGCUUCUAUGACCAACCAACAUGCGUCGAGAGAAAAAAAAACGUUUGCAACAUUUCUCGCAGUAGCUGUUUAUCUGUGGACAAGUUUCAGUGCAGCCACACAUACCAGAAACAAAGCCUGAAAAUCUCUCUCUCUCUCUAUUACUUUAUCUCUCCCUCUCUCUCUCUCUCUCUCUCUCUCUCUCUCAUUCUCUCUCUCUCAUUCUCUCUCUCUCUCUCUCUCUCUCUCUCUUACUUUCUCUCUCCCUCUCUCUCUCUCUCUCUCUCUCUCAUUCUCUCUCUCUCUCUCACUCAUUCUGUCACUCAUUCUCUCUCUCUCUCUCCCUCUCCCUCUCUCUCUUACUUUCUCUCUCCCUCUCUCUCUCUCAUUCUCUCUCUCUCUCACUCAUUCUCUCUCUCUCUCAUUCUCUCUCUCACUCAGUCUCUCUCUCACUCAUUCUUUCUCUCUCUCUCAUUCUCUCCUCUCCCUCUCUCACGCAUUCUCUCUCUCACUCAUUCUGUCACUCAUUCUCUCUAUCUCUCUCUCUCACUCAUUCUCUCUCUCUCUCUCUCUCUCUCUCUCAUUCUCUCUCCUCUCUUUCACUCUCUCUCAUUCUCUCUCCUCUCUUUCACUCUCUCUCUGUCUCUCUCUCUCUCUCUCUCUCUCUCUCUCUCUCUCUCUCUCUCUCUGCUUAAAGUGGGUUGUUUUGGUUUGCAGUAGUUUGUUUUAACUGGUUUUCAUGUCGUGUUUUUUUCUUUCACAGAAUGACUUGCAUGAGAGUUUUUGCUACUUUCAGGAUUGCUUUUACAAACUCGUAACAUUGACGUACAAACGUACGACUUUUACAGAGACACUCGUGAAUUUAGGUCUAUAUUUGGCUUUAUCCUCUUCCCUUCUGCAUGCUCGAUAACUCUUACGCUCUUAUCACCGGUGCUCACUAUCUGUGAGUGAGUUUCAUAUUACUGACAUCACUGACAUCACUUUUUCUGUGCACACGUUAUUUCUGUUUUAUUUGUUUCUUUCUCUCUCCAUUAGAGUAAUCUGGACAGAUUUGGUAAUGAGUGUCUUUACGGGCUGCUCGUACAGUCCGAAUCACACACACACUCGUCGUUGCACUAUAAUAUAUAGUUUAGUUUCCUUAGGACGGAAAAUCUUUUCGUCCCCCUGUUUUUUUUUUUUUUUUCUUAACGUUUUAUGUUUCUUUUGAAUUCUUGAAUGUGAUUACGAACAAACCGGUCCCAGCGUUCCACUGUGUCUAUCUGCAUCCCGACAACACCACUGACAUCACAAAAUAACUGGACUGCCCGGCUGUCAGUCACUCGUCAGGGCUUUUUAUUCUCAUUAGCCCCGCCCCCUCCCUGGCGAUCCCACCGAUCCGUGCAGCAAAGUGCCUCCCUUUCUUUUUUAUGCAACCUGGCGUCGAAUUCAGGGUCUGUAUUCCGUGUAUAAGCUACAGAAUUAAUGUACAAUAUGUAUCAUGGCUUAGCAAAAAACAGAAGACUGGAAACACAUCGCCUUUAUAAAUAUAUAUUAUUCAGACAUUAAAAUAAUAAUAAUAAUAAUAAUAAUAAUCAUACUCAUACGUGCUGUGUAUAUAUAUGGAAAUAUGUAUAGUAGCUCUUCUUUGGAGUACGGCAGUCUAGUUAUUUUUUGAACCUUUCACCCCACUUCACGUCAGUCGUCUUCCAAACAGUCCUGAAAUAAUAUCGCGAUAUUUACCGCGUAUCGUUCAUACACGGCGCAAGACUGAUAAGAAAUAUCAGUGUUAGUAUUUAAAGUGUGAAAAGAGAGCGAGGGGUUUGUGGGCUGACGAUACAAACCUGGUUUUUUUUUUUAAAGUCUUGUCCUGGACUCUAAACUCAAGGGCCAUGAACAGUAUCCCAAUCUUUAUAAAGUGUUGGGUCCCCUAAUCCCCGCCCCCUUCAUUUAGAUUUACCUUUUUUUAAUGGUCUAUUUGUAAUCUUUUGUUUUUAAAUUAUUAAGGAAGGUGGAAUGAACAAUUUUACAGCAGGGUGUAUUACAGUACAGAUCCUGGUGCUCGGUCACCUGGGUUGAGUCUCUGUUGAUAAACAAAUAAGACUUUCUUUUCGGACACGUACACGUUAGAGAACAUGGCUCUUUUUCUGUGAGCUCGCUGGCGGUGGGCUUUUCCACGUCGCUUGUGACAAAAGGCAUUUUAUUUCAACCUUUAAAAAGACCGUAUUUAAAUCGGUAAAUAAAAAAACAACGACUUUGCAUCCUGAUACACGGAGAGACCAGCUCGUUGUCCAGCUCGUUGUCCAGCUCAUUUAUUUCAGAGACCGCUUUUUUAAAAAAAAAUAAAGAAACAGGAUUUCGUUACUGUAAAUUAAGGAAACUGAUCAGCAAAAGUGUUUUUUGCCUUUGUGAUGAUUUGAAAGAUGUUGUAUUAAGUAUUUGUAGAAGUUCUUGUAGUUUUUUAGACAGUGUGAAGACUGGUUCCUGGAAGAGGAGGAGGAGGAGGAGGAGGAACAGUCCAGAGAUUCAUGGAAUCAUGUGGAAGAAUGAAAUUUAAACAGGCUUGAUUCCAAUCCUACCCAUAAAGCCGUCCCUCUGCCCCUCCCCCAACAAACAUUUCCUCCACCCAUCCCCCAUAAAGCCUUCCCUCUGCCCCUCCCCCAAAAAACAUUUCCUCCACCCAUCCCCCAUAAAGCCGUCCCUCUGCCCCUCCCCCAAAAAACAUUUCCUCCACCCAUCCCCCAUAAAGCCGUCCCUCUGCCCCUCCCCCAACAAACAUUUCCUCCACCCUUCCCCCCAUAAAGCCUUGCCUCUGCCCCUCCCCCAAAAAACAUUUCCUCCACCCAUCCCCCAUAAAGCCGUCCCUCUGCCCCUCCCCCAACAAACAUUUCCUCAACCCAUCCCCCCACAAAAACCUUCCCAACUAAAAAAGUUAUCCCCUCCCCCACAUAGAAACCUUUCCUCCACCCCUCCCCCACAUGUAAAUGCCCCCUCCUAGUGCUUGUGAUUAGUGUAGUGUAGUACUAAGCCAGCAUUUUAAAGGUUGUUCCCUUCAAAAGUGCCUUUUGUUCACAGAGUCCAUCUUGUAAAACAUGAAAAAAAAGGACAAAAGUUUUUUUUGUCGUUUUUCGCCCCAUCUUUCCCCGUCCACCCUUUUUAUUCAGUCUUUCGAAGCCGUAUAUAUAUAGUAUAUAGUAAUACAGGAAAUGGAUGUGAUUUAGUUCUUUUUAUUGUUCAAUACUGAAAAAAAAAUGUAAAGGCAAAAAAAUCUUCCUGUCUCUUUCCCUCUUUAAUUCUUCUUUUGCGUUAACGAUGUUGUACAAGACAUCCGUCUUACCCCGCCGUACAUCCAUCUGCCCUCCCCCACAUCUCCUCACACCCUAAAAAUGAGGCUUUUAUAUUUUUUUCCUCUUGAGCAGAAUAUCCUUGUCUGUAUGCUUGUUCUUGUUACGCCAUACCGAUCUCUCUCCUGUUCUGACGCUUCUCUGUUUCUACUGCUAGUGUAAGUGAAAUGUGGCCGUGCGGGCUCCGGGGGGUCGGGUUACCAUGGGUUCCACGAGGACCAACGCGUGCCACCCGUAGUCGGUGGAGGAACAUUGCUAAUAUUUUUCCAUGAGCUUCCACAGUGUUGCGUUUGGAAAGGUUUUACCGUAAACGCAGGACACCGGGUGAAAUCAAGCAGCUCUGCGCUAUUUUUGUUUCUAAUUUAUUUGUUUGUACUAUGAUUUUAUACUAUAUUUGAGAUUUGUUGAUGCUUUUCUAUCAGGGUACGGUCCAGAAGAUUCUCUCCAAGGGAACCGUGGACCUUAAAAUGAAAGCUAUAAAAAAAGCACCUUUCUUUAUUAGAAGAGCCAGGCUACUUUUAUGAAACUGUUGACUGAUGACUUGCUGAAAGCACCUUAUGAGGCAGAAUGCACUUAACGUGAAAUGCACUUAAAUGUCAUACAGCAGUCACACUACAUAGACACGGCCUUUAUUAUUUCCUGCACCACAUUUCAGAACCUUGUAACGGAAGAUUGGCGUGAGUUCAGGAGACGUGUUAAAGUCAGUAUUAAUGUUACAAAGGGUUAGAGAGAUGGCCUACUGAGUGGGACUUUCCUUUCAAUAAAAUGAUCUUAGGACAUUAAGGCGUCCAGCUAAAUAUUCCCACUCUGCCAUCACGUCAAGCGAAUCACUUUUAACUGCCUCAUAUUUGUCAUUAAUUUUUAUUUUUUUGCUUUGCUUCGUUACACUUAAGUACUUUUUUGAGCUGCAGAAGUCAUGUUCGACACGUUUCUAGUCUUAGCGCCCUCUAGUGGUUUCCUGUGUCCUGCGCUUUCAGGUAAAACAAUAAAAAAAAAAAAAAGCAAAUUUUUCGGCUAUCGACCCCUCAGAGCCCGUUGGCAAAUGUGCAUGUGUUACUACAGAUUCCUUUUCCAUUAUAAAGAAUAAAAAACAGUUUGUAAAGA